AUGGAUAAUAGGCCUCGAGUGUUCAUCAAUUUCAGGGGAAAAGACUUGCGGCGGACGUUUGUGCCACAUCUCAAAUAUCAUUUGAAACAUAACAACGUGAAUGUGUUCACGGACGACGACUUGACUGGAAAACCGUUGGUGAAUCUCUUGAAAUAUAUCAGAAAAUCACGAAUCGUGAUCGUCAUCUUCUCCAUAAGCUACUUGGAGUCAAAGUGGUGUUUGCAAGAGCUUGUGCAGGUCAGGAAUUGCUUAAACAACAAGAAGCUUGACUUCUACGUUAUACCAAUCUUCUAUAAGGUCCGGACUUCCCACGUUAAGGACCAGACCGGAGAUUUUGGCAAAAAAUUCCUAGCUUUGCGGAAGAAGCAUCCCCGUCUCACGAUCUGGGCAUGGAAGAGAGCUUUGAGAUCCGUCGCUAAAUCUAGUGGAUUGACUUAUGAAAAAGAGAGUUCACUUUCAGAGUUGGAUUUCAUCUAUAAAAUAGUCAAAAAGACAUGGUGGCUAAAUCUUUUAGCGAACACAUUACAGGAAGAAGCAACAAAACUGAUUGUGUCCGAUGUCAAUCACUUAAACAAGCUGCUUCACUUGUCAAAUACAUCGGAAGCUCUGAAUCUUGAAAGAUCUUUACUUAAAGGAUUCAUGAUUGGCUUUGCUUGGAAAGAUCUUAUCUCGUCGAUGCAGAUUUGCAACAGUGUCGAGAUUUCUCAUCCAGCAAAGUCUCUUCAGUUUCAUAUUGAUGACCAAGCAAAAGAGUCACUAGAAAAUGCUAUAAAUUGGCUUGCCCUUCACAUGAUGUCUGACCAGACACAACCUGCAUUGAUCUUCAGUAACUGGGACAAACUUGACCGAGAAACGAAGAACAAUAUCAUAUACUUUGCAAGAAAGAAAAGCCAGACGCUCAAGGCCUACAAUGAGAUGCUUAUUGGUAUGACAAUACAGGGUGAUAAUUCGAAGCCUUUUUCGUCUCAUAAUAUUCCUCUUUCCGGUGAAGUACCAACAUGGGACAAGACGUUAGACCCUAAGGUGCCUCAAGAUUGGCCUCAUCGUGCUCAUAGACGCGCCAUGUCAUUUCAUGACAACAGAGAACGAGUUUACCCUUUGCCUUGUAAGUUCAUGUCAUGGCACAGACCUGAAAAUAUGAUGUCUGACUAG